GCCCACCAUAGCCAUGGCGUGCAGUAGCACUUUAGAGAACUAAAAAAAAUAAUAAACAAGCAAAAAUGGCCACGCGAGGAGCAGCGGAAUGAGCAUGUCACGCCGCUAGCCACCCUGCCGCUGCUCUUACAUUUGUAAUUUUUUCCUCCCUUUCUAUGUUUUCAAGUUAUCGAACCUUUUCACAAUGCGUUUUACAAUAUCUAAGUCGUGGCGUACAGCGGAAUACCGAACGAGCUCAAAAGUAUGCUUAUUUACCCGAAUGUUCGAUCGUUUGCUGCGGCGCACUGUGUGAGCUGACUGUGCAGUGGUUCUGUAAACAAGUGAAACUUUCUUCGGCAAGACUCUGUGGGUUUUGAACUCUCGAAGCGAUGCUGGCAUUCGCAUAUGCUUUGGUGCUACUAAGUGUCGCCGCAGGCUGCGCUGCUUUGUACGAGGCAAACUGCAGCGCGCUCCUGAUGGGCCAGUACUCCUGCGUUGCCCCGGAGAUAGACCCGGCGACGCAGCAGCCCACGACAUGCGGGCCGGACAACCUGGCGCGCGUGGUCUGCACCGUGGCCGACGGCAUCAUCUGCAAGAACGGCACCGGCACAGGCCGAGACACCUUCGAGAAGGCGAUCGCGUGCCGCUAUACCAACGGCUACUCGUUCGAGACGGCGCUGCUGCUGUCCGUGUUCUUGGGCAUGUUCGGCGUGGAUCGUUUCUACCUGGGCUACCCGGCCAUCGGGCUGGCAAAGUUCUGCACGCUCGGGUUCAUGUUCCUCGGACAGCUGGUGGACAUUAUCCUCAUCUCGAUGCAGGUCGUUAGACCCGCCGACGGGUCGCACUACGUGAUGAGCUACUUCGGCCCCUGCCUGCGAUUCCUUGCGGUGGACAACGACACUUACGUAUUGCCGCAAGACGAUUGGUGAUUUAACACAGACAAGCUCGUGUUUGCAGCUUGUGUGAAAAUGUGAGACAUUUUCUUGCACCCGAAGUCGGUUGUUUAGAUGGCCAUAUUCAUAAAGUGCAAUGCUGUGCUCACGGACAACCCUAAUGUGUCCAUCUGCUGGUCGCAACAUAAGUGACCGUGCACAGAGAUGCAACUGGUCAGCGCAAAUGAGCAUAAUGUGCCACGCAUGCCUAGCAUAAGUUGUAUUGGUACAUUAUUGACGAUUGCUACCACUUGAAAAACAACAGCACGGGCAUAAGCAAGAGUUUCACAACUUUGGUUUGGCUGCGUAUUCUCAUAAGUCAAGGUGCAUAGCUUCUGUUAGUGUAAUUUGAAUCUCUCAACCGAUAUUUAGUGCAAGGCAACAAUGAUACAUGGGGCUUCUUCAAAAAACAUACAAAUUGAGAACAUGUAGCAGUAGAAAGGACAAUUUGAAAUAUCACCAGCAAUUACGUAAACAGAUUCGAAAAACAGUGGCUACUCGCUGUUCAGCUUGAGGGAUUUUUAAUCAUGGAUAGUGAUAUAUUGCAUUCUUUUCCUAUAUUAUGAUAAAAAUGGGAAACUUUAUUAAUGUCCUGCAGAGGGUGUUGCAACACGCAGCGAGCUGCUCUCACAUAGGGACAGAACAUCUUGUGUUCUUUCUUGUUUUCAUUUAAUGUGCGCUGUUAGACAAUUACCAACAAACCUAAUCUCGGUGCUUGCAAAGCCGAGAUAAUCACUUGCAGGAGACCUCGCAGGUAGUGUGAACCUUUUAACAUCAUGUAGCCCUAUUGAAGAAAGUAAAAAGCUAACAUUUCCCGGCAAAUACACUUGGUAUGCGCAAGCUUGUUCACUACACGCAGCAACAUUGUAUUUUUUAACACUUUUCGUCGGCGUUGAAAGAUGAGCUGUGCAUGACAUUGCAAUAUGCACCGCCUUCACACUGAAACCAGAGAUGCACUACACGCAACUUUAUUUAUUACUAUUUACACGCACUAAAUGACCGUUGGGCGAGUAGGUAUUCAAUUUUCAAGAAAAAUGCAGGAAUAACGUGGAAAGAAGGGCCACAGCCCAGUUAACUGCUGUACCUUUCUCUCUUCGUCCACAUUUUUCUCUUGAUAAUUACACAUCCUGCUGUCUCGUAUUUGAGAAACAACCACAGCCAAAGCAGAUGAUGCUAUACAUGUCACAGCUCAUUGUGUCACUGUCUGAGCAUUUGGCUACACCCAAAUUGGCCAUGCACAAAUCCUGCUGUGUGCUUGUGAAAACCAUCCCACGCCACUCAUAAAACACAGAAUUGAGCUCUGAAGUGACACAUGGCUAACUGCAGAGCACAAUUGUUCAGAUGAGAGGGUAGAAGAGUAGCGCUUCACGAGAUGUUCUUCAUCCCAAUCAGAGGCUCUUUUGCGGGAAGGCACUACAGUUGAGCACCUCGCAGAGCUUGAGACAGUUCAUCGGCGACUCGUAAAGGCUUCUUGAAGCUGAAACGAAACAGAAACCCAUGUGAAUCAAUCUCCUUGAUCGAGUGAUGCACGAAAGGGCAAAAACUGUUCCUCUUUAUGGUGUUGCUGCCCUCCCUCCGAGUAAUCUACUCUCACCGAGCUGCAAACAAUGGGUGAACAGACUGAAUUUGCAUUCUUGACGUGCAGGCCACACACUGCUUGAAAGUUAAGCUUCCUCCAAGUGGGACACCGAACAUGGAAAUGACAUUGUGCCAACCUGUGUGCAGUCAACCUGUGUGGAUGAUAUGACUUUGACAGAUGUGGGCUUUCUGCACUUACUGUACCCACAAGAUACGCCACAUUAGGUAAGCUCUGACUUGGGGGUGAUGAGUCGGUGUGCCUACAUCUCGUGUCAGUAAAUGUUGUCAUAGAGCCAUGACUGUUGUGUCCACGUCACUUGGCCGUCCCUGGCCACGCCCCUCCCGUCUGUGGCAGCAGGAAGUACCAGGUGGCCCUUCUUGUCAGACUCCCAAGGAUGGAUAAUAAUAAUCAGAGGCAGGAUUUUUAGGCACUAAAAAAGUGUGUUUUAGGUGCCAAAGACAAACAAAAACAUCAUUUUAGGCUCUCAAAGUCAUAUUUUUAGGCACAAUAAAUUUCUACAAAAAUUGAAAUAUAUCAAAACAACGACGUUGGUGACUAGUACCUAUAGCAAGAAGCAAAAAAAUUAUAUUUGAGACAGCAGAAAGGUACCAACGAUUGAACAUAGGCAUGCAUUUCCCGUGCGAUUCGCAGUAUGUGGUCUUUCGUUUUAUUGUCUACCAUUGUGCAUCAAGUGUUCACCACUCAAUUAACACUCUCAUGGGUCUUUUUCAUUUCGUAGUGGCUGGGAAGGGCAGCACAGGAGCAAAUAACCGGACCACUUAUACCCCAGAAGACAAGCAUGCUAGCUCUAAUCGCAUCGCACCAAUUUCUCCCCUAUCGGUGAACACCUUAAAGGGCCCCUCACUAGGUUUGAGCAUUUCGAGCUGACAAGCGUAAUAGUGCACUGGGCACUCCAUAUAAUUCUUGUUAAGAUUUGCAAAUUUCAUGUCGCGGCAAAACGCUCAAUUCCUAAUGAAUGCCACUUGCCCUUCUCACGGGCGUGCGUCUCAAGAUCUAGGGAGCGACGUACAGCAAGGAAUAGUCCUGUUUUUACGUUGCUCCAAUACGUUGACAUUGGUGGGCUGACAUCGCAUACUGUACGCUCUUCAUCAGAACCUCGUUAAAUGCUUGCUGUAUCUAUAAAAAAAGACGAAAAAUGUUCCGUCUCCUGAUUACAUCCUGCAUUUUAAACGGUACCUCAUUCAGAGUGUUGCAUGCAACAUUAUUAUACUUGGCAUGUGCAAUUUGUGUGUUCUGUUGUGUAGCAUGAAUGAGGAGUACUUUUAUUUAGGCUAGCUGUUUCAUAUCAUUUUGAAAGGGAAGUGCAAAGACAAAGGGAAAAGAAAAACAGCACUCUUUGCCUCAAUGUCUUCUCUAUGUCUUUCUUUUCCUUGUGUCUUUGCACUGCCCUUUAAAGAUCAGUGGAUUGAAUGAACGCCGAGAAAAAUAAUAAAACACGCAAACGU